AAACCUCUAUUGGAACAGAACUCUACCUGCUGACUACAGGUUCCAGACCUGCUGCUGGUGACCAGAGGCAGCAAGUCAGCUCUCAUGAAACCCUCAAAGGCAUCCCAGCGCUAUAGAAGCAUCCGGAGAAAUGCCAGCCAGAGAUACCUCUACCACGAGUCCCUGAUGUUCAGCAACUUGGAUGACAGCUUUAGUGCUGAUGAAACAGGGGACAGCAAUGAUCCAGAACAAAUCUUCCAGAAUAUACAGUUCCAGAAAGACCUCAUGGCAAACAUCCGAUGCAGGCCCUGGCCCAUGGGACAAAAACUGAGAGCACUGAGACGAGCAAAGGAGAUUGUGCUGAAGUUUGAAGGGAGACUGACCAGGACCCGAGGCUACCAAGCAGCCAGUGCAGAGCUCUGGCGGAAAUUUGCUCGUCUGGCCUGUAACUUCAUGGUCAUCUUCAUCCCCUGGGAAAUGAGGAUAAAGAAAAUCGAGAGUCAUUUUGGAUCUGGUGUUGCCUCCUACUUCAUAUUCUUGAGAUGGUUAUUUGGAAUUAACAUUGUGCUCACCAUAAUGACAGGUGCUUUUAUUGUCAUACCAGAGCUGAUUGCAGGCCAGCCCUUCGGAAGCACUGCCAGCAAGACAAUUCCCAAGGAGCAUGUUGCAUCUGCCCAAGACCUGGACACUGUCUGGUCCCUGGGGGGCUACCUCCAGUACUCAGUCCUCUUCUAUGGCUAUUACGGCAGGGAGAGGAGGAUCGGGAGAGCUGGCUAUCGGCUGCCCUUGGCGUAUUUCCUGGUGGGGAUGGCAGUGUUUGCUUACAGCUUCAUCAUUCUUUUAAAAAAGAUGGCAAAGAACUCCCGCACGAGCCUUGCCAGUGCUUCCAAUGAAAACUACACUUUCUGCUGGCGGGUGUUUUGUGCCUGGGAUUACCUCAUCGGAAACCCAGAGGCUGCAGAGAGCAAAACAGCAGCCAUUGUGAACAGCAUCAGGGAGGCUAUAUUGGAAGAGCAGGAAAAGAAGAAAAGUAAAAACUUGGCCGUGACCAUCUGCCUGAGGAUCAUUGCCAACGUCUUGGUGCUUCUCUCACUUGCUGGGAGCAUCUAUCUCAUCUACUUCGUGGUGGACCGGUCCCAGAAGCUGGAGCAGUCCAAGAAGGAGCUGACACUUUGGGAAAAGAAUGAGGUGAGUGUGGUGGUCUCCCUUGUCACCAUGUUAGCACCAUCAGCAUUUGACCUCAUCGCCGCCUUAGAGAUGUACCAUCCACGAACCACGUUGCGCUUCCAACUGGCAAGGGUCCUUGUGCUGUAUCUGGGAAAUCUCUACAGUUUGAUCAUCGCUCUCCUGGACAAAGUUAACAGCAUGAGUAUUGUGGACACUGCUACCAAAAACAAUACAAAUCAUUGGAUAGACUCUACCACCUUCUUUGCCACCAGGACUACCCCUGAAGAGGAGAAAUGGUCCACACCUCGGCCUGAGAUAGGACUCAGGAAAAAUAGCACAUGGGUCUUGGAAAAGGCUGGUGCGCCAGCUCUCAUCAUGAUGCUCACAGAGGCCAACAGGACCACUCUCCAUAUCCAGAGUCCACAAGACCAGUGCUGGGAAACAUAUGUUGGGCAGGAGAUGCUGAAGCUGUCCAUCAUUGACAUGCUCUUCACCGUGGCCAGCAUCCUGCUCAUAGACUUCUUCCGAGGACUUUUUGUUCGAUAUUUAAGUGACUACUGGUGUUGGGACCUGGAAAGCACAUUUCCAGAAUAUGGGGAAUUCAAAAUAGCAGAGAACGUGCUACAUUUAGUCUACAACCAAGGAAUGAUUUGGAUGGGGGCCUUCUUCUCCCCAUGUCUUCCAGCAUUCAAUGUUCUCAAACUGAUUGGGCUCAUGUACCUGAGAAGCUGGGCUGUCCUGACCUGCAAUGUGCCCCACCAACAAGUAUUUCGAGCAUCCAGAUCCAACAACUUCUACUUGUCAAUGCUCCUGUUCAUGCUAUUCCUCUGCAUGCUGCCAACCAUUUUUGCUAUUGUCCGAUACAAGCCAUCUCUAAAUUGUGGGCCAUUCAGUGGACAAGAGAAAAUUUAUGACAUUGUGUCAGAAACAAUUGAGAAUGACUUUCCUGCAUGGUUUGGCACCGUGGUUGGCUACAUCAGCAGCCCUGUGGUUAUCCUGCCCGCUGUGCUGCUGCUUUUCAUGCUGAUCUAUUACCUGCAGAGUAUUGCAAGAUCAUUAAAGCUCAGCAACCAUCAACUCAAAAUGCAGAUCCAAAACGCAAGAUCUGAAGAUAAGAAAAAGGUUGCCCAAAUGGCAGAAGCCAGAAUCCAGACCCAGGAGGAAAGCAUCAAGGGUCUUCCAAAGGACAGUAAUAAUGUCAGUCACCUGUACUCCACUCAGUCAGCGACACCACAAAACAAUGGCAACGUGGUCAAUUUUGACUCACCAAACUGCAAGAGUGGCAAGAUAGAGACCAUCAGCCAAUCCAUGCCCCAGAGCUCCAGGGCAGGGCACAAGAGUCUCAGCUCACCUCUUCCUGGCAUUCCCAAAUCCAGGCAGGAACAUAAUACUCACAGGUAUCCAUGUGGUCCUAGUGCAAGUACAGGUGACAUUCACAAGAACAGAUCCUGCAGCCCUGUGAUGUUUAAGAAGCACAUGGAAGAUGUUCACUCUGAACCUGUUUUCCGAAGAGACUUUCAGAAAAGCAACCCUCUUCUCCACAGACCAGGGACCUCAGCCUUUGUGGCACAUGGUCAUCAACCCCACACCCCCAGAUACUAUAUCAUUAAUGAACGUGACUCUUACAAAAAAUCCCAUCCAGCCUUUUGGUCAGAAAGACAUUUCAAGAGAGAUACCUCAAGUGAUACUGUGGAGAUGUAUCCCAGAAACAUGCAACAGUAUGGGCGCUGGGCCCCCCACCAAGCUCACUCUCCACAGUUCAGUGAAGAAGAAGAGGAGAUACUGAGGAGAGAUUUGACCAAGCAGUCUUUACACCCACAUUCCCUUACAGACCUCUACUGGGCUUCUCAUUUUUAUAUUGGUGAAAGGUCAGAAAGUAAGAGCCUGGCUUCUGAGAACCAGGAAAGGAGGCACUGCAAGUCUUGGAAUGAUGGUUUUGAGGGUCAACGAGACAGGUCAAUGUAUGUUCAGAAAAAGCCACGCCCUCGGCAAUACCCACAGCACCCUCUGAAGCCUAAAGGUAAGCCCAAGUUUGAGCCAUCCCUCACAGAAUCUGAUUCCAUGUCGGCAGCAUCCAGUAGCGACCAACAGAACAGCAGCACUGACCAGUACCUCCAAGUCAUCCAUACCCAUGCCAAGAUCCCAAGAUCUGUGGGCCAAAUUGGCAGGAGGAAGGCCAAAGCUAGGCAGGAGCUGACCACAGAUCUGAAUGACCUGAUUUGUUCAAAUGUCUAGGGGUAAAAUGGUAUCCCAUUCAUAGAGACAGGCCCGUAUUGGAGUACUGG